UGCCAAUUGAUGACGUCAUCCUCCACAUUAAAAAUGUUGGCUUCUGAACGAACUGGCAAAUUGCUAUCAAUAAAGUCAGCUGGGACGAGACUGUCAGUUGGGAGGGUAUAAAUCGUGGAAGGAACGCACCCGAUUUCCCGCGCUAUUUCCAGAGUGAUUCCAUGGUUUACAUUGAAUAUUACAAGGUUUAUCAGUGUUUCCAAGGUUUCACUAAUUCCAUACUUUAUCAACUACUCGCUGAUGCUGGCCUACGUGGUUUGAUAGGGAUACACUACCGACGGCCCUAUGCAUGUAUGCUACACACACGUUGGUUACAUAUUACACAAGGCUUGUCAUGCUGCUCAUGAGAUCUGACAUGGUCAAGUGCGGUGCUGGCGAGCAUUAGUCAUUUUUGUCAGUGAUGGAUUUACUUCAGCGUACGAUUGUUUUCCUGGACUUUGUUGCAUACAAUGUCUUCAGGCCUUUGGUGAACUUAACUCGGAUUGCCAUUUUCUUCUAGGCCUAUUCUGGAUUUCAUUGUGUUCGUUUUUAACUCUGGAGUCCCAUGCGGACUUCCUCACAGCCAAUGACACUGGCAGCAGUCUAUUUUUUUUAUGGAAGGAAUAUUAUCAUGGUCCCAAUAUUAUUAGCCAUCGGCGCUGGGUGAUGAAUGAAACCUCAUCAUCAUCAUUAUCAUUUCCUAUGGAAACAUGGGCAUGGAAUGGAUUAUGGAACUUGGCCCAACUUGGAACUUGGCCCAACCAGACGAGGGGCCCACGUGUGGGAAAUGGGACUGAAGCAUGUGAAGAGAAGCCCUGUACUGAUCUGGAAAUGAAAUUUUUCAAUCCCAGAAAAGGUAGAGGUGUUAUUGCUACAGACAGUAUUCAACCUGGGCAAUUUCUGCUAAGAUACAGUGGGGAUCUUAUCUCUGCUGAUGAAGGAGACCGGAGGUGUGAAGAAUAUAAGGAGCUGCAACUGGGAAAUUACUUAUAUUACUUUUCACACAGUGGCAAGGAAUACUGCAUCGAUGCCACUUCAGAAAUAUGCCUAGCAAGGCUGGUGAAUGAUGGAAUGCAAAAAUGAAGAAAAUAAUCACUAAUGGCAAUCCUCAUCUCUGUCUUUAUGCUACCAAAGAAAUCAAGAAAGGGGAUGAAGUUUUAUAUGAUUAUGGAGAAAAAGAGUUGGAGUGGAGAAAGGAGCCAGAGCAAAUCAGAGUGGAUGAUUUCUGGUAUCUGUUUCUGGUUCAGCUCAAUCACGACCUUUGUGUUGGCCAACAACAGGCAGCUGAAGGGGUUGAACAGGCAGUACUUUUUACAAGAAGGACAUUGACUCUGAUACUUGAUGAUAUAGAGGCAACACCUCAAUUUUUACUUGGCCUUAAAGAAUUAGACCCUAAACUUUUGCAAACAUUGGACAAGUGUGCGUCCAGUUGUGAUGAGGAAAUAAGGAUGAAAGCCAAAGGCCUUCUUACCAAAUUCAAACUUGGGGAUAGACCUGGCAAUGUUAAGAAAGGAAAGUCGCAACUCCUGUCUGACGGAAGUAAAAGUGCUAUGACCGAGUCUGAUCAGCCAGGGAAAGAAAAUGUCCGGCCAAUUAAUCAGGAGGAUGUGACUGAAACAUCGGAUAUACACCGAACCAAAGUGACAUUAUCAGAACAGAGUGAUACUUCUCAUAGGAGUAAUGGAAAUGGGGAUCGUGCAGUAGGAAAGCAGCCUCAUAUUACAUGUUAUCAUGAUGAAGAAGUCACAGAGGAACUUCAAGGCAAUUCAUCUGAGGACAAUGCCAAAGAAACCGUCAUCUUGGUAACACAGGAGGAUAGUGAUCCACAUUGUGUCGGAGUGGGUGGCGCGAACUAUGAGAGGUAUUCACAAACUUACCAAUCAGUGGGAAGAGUUCCACUACACAGCACCAUUGAACAUAUUUUUGAUGAUUCAAAUAAUGUUGAAAAUGAUGGUGAUAAGACUGAGGCAUUGGUACCACUCACUAGGCCUACUAUCUGUGUAGACAUUGAAAUUGAUAUGCAAGAUGUAACUGAUAGUAAUUUUCCUGUAUCACCAGUUUCAUUCAGCACACCAAAAGCAAUGAAACAGAAAUGCCCCCAUCAAAGUGCAAACAGUUCUCAUGAAAAUGUUCCUGUUCAAAACUAUUAUUUGAGCCAGAAACAUAGAUGUUUACAUGCAGUGUUUGUGAGUACAGCUUAAGUGGUUGUGGGGCAUUAUGUAUGCCCCAUAGUUUUGAAAUGUCCCGCAAGAAAGGUUUGAUUCUUAGAAGUACCCUGUAAUUGGGAUGGGCUAUUUUAAUUAGGAAUGUACACAAAGUAUACAAUUUCUUUAUUUUUGGAAAUAUUUUAAUCACACAUGUUGGCAGAUGUAAGAGGGAAAUGUGGGUUGUAGUAAAGAACUGUACGAGUUUCAAAGAGCACAUCAUAUCAAUAUUACCUUGAUCAUUUUGUAGUUCUAUAUUUUAAUCAA